UUGGACUUCUGACAAAGCGGCAUCUUAAACUGAAGAACCUCUGUGGUUGGAAUUAGGUUAAUUGGGUUUCUUAAAGGACACACUUUUUUUGUUCCCUUUUAUCUCCCUCACAAAAACUUAUGAAGAUAAGGGAUCAAUUCCAUUUUUGUAGCAGCUUCUUCAGUGACAAGCCCGUGGCUUGAGAGGAGAGAUAGAGAUGAUUUAGACACCUGCAUCAGGGUGUGUAACAUUACAGUAUCAUCGGACACGAGAGACAUACAGUGAGAGAGAGAAAGAGAGAAAAAGCAUGGGGAGACACUACUGUGGAACUGCUUUCUAAUGUUGGUAGUUGUUUUCAAGGAAUGCUAGUGAUAAGAGGAAUUUUUUAAACAAAGGAUAUACUGAUUAUUCUCGCUUCUAUUUCAGGGACCAUUGCAGAGACAACAUGAGGUCCAAAGGUGAUGGAAUAGAAAGCCCAGCAAAUGGAGUUCUUGUUGUCCCCCACGCAAUUCACGAGCUCAGAGAAGAGCAGGAGGAGGAUAUGAAAGUGCAGGUCACUGAAAUAAGUAUCAAGGCUAAAGUUCAACAGAAGAAAAAGGAGGAGAUGCUUACAUCAGAAAAUGAGGAUAAAUCCACAAUGAAAGAUAAUCAAAGAUUAGGCCUGAAGGAUCUGUCCAAAGAUGACCUUCUGAAGCUGCUUGAAAUCAUGGAGGGUGAGAUCCAGGGUUUAGAGGAUGUGAUCAGAGUGCUCAAGUCUGGCCUUAGCUGCCCAGGAAGGCUUGAGUCUUAUUACAGCUCAGCAUGUCCAACCAAACCCCUGAAAGCGCUGCAGAGAGAUAGACUUCUUAUCAACAACCACACACUCCAUGAAGAUGUGUAUGAAAAGCCCAUGGCAGAGUUGGACAGGCUUCAGAAUAAGCACAAGGAGGCAUAUCGACGAAUGCUGGAGCAGUUAUUACUGGCUGAGAAAUGUCAUCGCCGUGUUGUUCAUGAGCUGGAUGUGGAGAAACACAAGCACGUAGACUACAUGAACAAGAGUGAUGAUUUCACCAACCUGCUGGAACAAGAGAGAGAAAGACUUAAGCAGCUUUUAAAACAAGAAAAAGCCUAUCAACUACGAAAAGAAAAGGAACACUCAAAGCAACUGGAAAAGGUUCGUGGAGAGCUGAACAAGGUAAAAUCUUUUGCACUUAUGCUGGUUGAUGAACAACAACUUCAACUAGAGCAAAUUGACCAGCAAAGCCAGCAAAUUCAAGACCUUCUCAAAAAACUUCAGGAGAAAGAGCAGAAGCUAAGUGAAGUUGAGAUCGAAGCGAAAGAAGAUAAACAGAAGCUUAUGAACCUUGGGGUUGAGUUUGAGGUCAAGAAUUCGAACUUUGCACAACGGUAUGAUGAGAUGACAGCUAAACUUGCAAGCCAAGAGAGUCAGUACCAGCAGAUGUGCCAGAAACAAGCAACAUUGUCUCAGAAAAUUGAGGAGCUAGAAGAGACAAAUGCAAUUCUCCAGAAAUCAGCAGAGGAGCUGCAGGAGCUGAGAGACAAAAUCAGCAAGGGUCAGUGUGGCAAAUCGAGCUUGAUGGCACAGUUAGAGAACUUGCAAAAGAUAGUCUUGGAGAUGGAGGGAAAGGAUGAGGAGCUCACUAAAACCGAGAAUAAAUGCAGUGAGCUAAAAAGGAAGCUACAAGUUGAGGAGAUAAACAACAAGGAGUUAAAGUUGGAGGUAGAAAAAUUGCAAAAGAGGAUGAUGGAGCUGCAGAAAUUAGAGGCAGCGUUUAACAUGGGGAGGACUGAAUGUGCUAGGCUGCAAGGUGCACUGGAUAAAGAAAAGGGCCUGGCAAAACAACUGGAAGAUGAGCUGAUGACAGUUAAAAUUCGCAUGAAAGAGGUGGAAUCAUCUGAACUGAAACUGGAAAAGACAGAGCUGCUCCUAAAAGAGGAGCUAAUAAAGCUCAAGUCUGUCACCGUGAUGAUGGUCAGUGAGCACAAAGAUGUGGCAGAGAGAGUAAGAUCUGAGGAAAAGAAGAGAGAGGAACUGGAGAAAUUGUUUAAAGCAGAACAGGAGAAGGUUAUGGUAGUUACUGAGAGGUUGAUAGAGGAAAGUAAAAGGCUUCUAAAAUUGAAAUCAGAGAUGGAGGAAAAAAUAACUACCUUGGUCAAAGAGAAAAAUGAACUUAAGGAAAAACUUAGUACUGAGAAAGAGAGAUAUAAAGGAUUGAGUCCCAAGGUUUGUAUAAUAAAACACAUUGGUGAUGAGGUGAAAGAAGAAGGCAAGGGGUCUACAAAUCAGGUUUUAAACAAAGAUGUUGGCAACCUUUCAAAUUCCAGGACAAACGAUGAGAAAAUUAUAGAACUGACUAGAGAAAUUGAAAUAUUAAGGAAACGUCUUAAACAGCUUGAGGUUGUAGAGGGAGAUCUGAUCAAGACAGAGGAUGAGUAUGAUAUGUUGGAGAAAAAGUUCAAAAGUGAGCAAGAAAGGGCAAACUCCCUUUCAAAGCAGGUAGAGGAAAUGAGGAAUAAGAUAGCUUUGAGUAAGGUACUAGAGAGAGAAGAGACAGUUGGUCAAGAAUUGGAGUUAAGGAGACGGUGCAAGUUGGAAGAAACCAAAAAUAAAGACCUGCAAGCAGACGUUCAAGCUCUCAAGGAAAAGAUUCAUGAGCUUAUGAACAAGGAGGACCAGCUUUCACAAAUACAAGUAAAAUACUCUGUUCUACAGCAAAAGUUUCUUGAGCAGGAGGACAAGAGAAAGAGUAUGAGCAACGAAGUUCUUAAUCUUACUAAGGAACUGGAGAUUACCAAGCGCUACAGUCGUGCCUUAAGACCAAAUAGCAAUGGUAGAAGAAUGAUAGAUGUUCCAAUGACAUCAACAGGUGUGCAGACUGACAUUGGCAAAACUGAGGCAGGGGAUGAUGAUGAUGACACACCUGCAGUGUUUAUCAAAAAGUCUGUCCAAGAAGAGAACCACAUCAUGAACAGCCUUCGACAGAGAAGCCUUAAGAAACCUCCUGAAAGGCCAUCAGUCAGGGAGCUCUAUCCCCCACCAGCAAAUGACCUUACAUUAAAGAAAUCUUGGAUACCUUGGAUGAAGAAAAAAGAAAAUCAUGCUUCAGAAAAGCCACUGCAUAUUAGUGAGGAAAUUACACAUUCUGAAAUUAAAAUGACCCAGAAGCAAGGCCAACCAUUACACAUUCGACUGACUCCGGACCACCAGAACAGCAGGACAACUCUAGAGAUUGGCAGCUCCCCUGCAGAAAAUAACUUUAGCACUGCAAUACCCACUCCCUCAUGUGGUGCUCAGAAGCCACAAAUAACAAUCAUUCCUUCCACUGCUAUUUCACCAAAUCCAAAAGAGCUAAAAUGUCAAGAGAGAGAAAAAUCUCCAUUGACCAUCACAGCUAUCUCAAGAGCAAAGUCCCCAGAAAGCAUCAAGAUCCCAUCUAUUAACAGACCAACAUCACCAAUAUCCCUUAUACCAGUCAGCAAUUCUAGCUUAGCACAUACAUCCAGCUCCCCAGAGUCUCAGGGAAUGAUUACCGAGCGGGCAGUAUUUAAAGUGACUCCUGAAAAACGAAUGGUGCCCGCACCAAUUAAAAAGUGUAACACAAAUGCUAAUAUCAUUACCACUGAGGACAAUAAGAUUCACAUUCACUUAGGCUCACAAGUCAAAAAGCCUUUUGAAAACAACAGUUCUAUGGUCAUGGUCAGAGCUGACAAUGUUGCAAAUGGAGGCAAAGAACUUUCUACAGGUACUGUGCUACGCUCACCGCGUCAUUCAACGAUUAGUAAACAAGCAUCAAGCAAAGUAACAAGCAGCCUCACCAUUACACAAGUCACCCCUGCACCACCAAGGCCAACACUUUCUGUACAGCCUAUUGUGGACCCUCAACCAUCUCGAUCUGGGCUCACUCGCAUUCCCAUGUCUCGUGGCAUGAAAACUGGGAAGGCUGUACUAGGAGCUUUGGGAAUUCCUAGUAAUGUGAAGAUGGAAGCAAAGACAGAAGGCCAGUCCAUGCGUAUUGAGCUGAAGAAACCAUCUAUCAGCAGUGCAACCCUUCAGAAUAGUGGAAAGAGCUAACUAAGCAAAGAAUGAUAGAGAAAAAAAAGACCCUUUCAGACUAAACAGACUGUGUAUAAACAAUAAUCUUCUCUAUAAGAUACAUUUUGCUCUAAAAAGUUUGUUAUAUGUCAUUGUUACUUAUGUAGCACAAAAUGUAGGCAAACAGCUUUAAACGUCUGGUUCUUAUCAGAGUGUCGCUUGCAGUGCUGUUGCUAUGAAGGUAGUCAAAAAAGGGUGCCACAUAAGGAAUUUAUAUGUUUUGUAUAUGGUUUGGUCAAUAUUAAACAGGCAAAGCUUUUUAAUAUGAAAUGUUUUUAUUAUUGUUUAUACGAAAACUAAGUAAAUGUUUUACAUAAAGUCUGUUCAGAUGUUCCGGUUUACUUGUUUUAUUGUCUCAGGUUUUAAAAAAGAUGCAGACAAAUAACUUGUCCCACAUGCUUGUUAAACAUGAAUGGUUACAAUUCUUUAUGAAAAUAAAUGAAUUUCCAUUACAGAAGUAAUUUAGUUCAUGUAAGCAUAAUGCUAAUACUCACUUCCUCUCUUAAGUACCUGCCAGGAAACUGAUAAUGAGAGUCUAAAGCUACGUUUACACUGGU